AUGGGUAAUUCAGCCAGCCACGCGACUCCAGGUCUUGGAAAUGAGGCGGCGGCUGUGCUAAUUACCCCGCUCGACACUCUCGCCGCACAGCCCAUAGAGCCUGGUCAAGGAACACCCUCAUCAUCUGUGCAUGCCUCUCAGACGGCGCGGGACGAGCCUGUGCCUCUAGUCCCACCCGGCGGUCGGGACGCCUUUAUUUCGGCAGCCAACAAGCCUCUCAUUGAAGAUGAAGAGCGUGUCGUCCAUAAUGUUGUCAGCCACCAGGAUUCCCGGCCAGUCGAUUUCCUCAAGCUCAUCGGCCUGUGGGCAACCUCGAUGGGGCAGGACGAGACUGGGGAAGAAUUCCGCGUCGAGGGACCCACAUCGAUGGCGGCAGCCAAGACUCUAGGCCGAGGCCUUUCCUUCAGCGUCUCUCUUGUCAGCAUUGAAGAUCAGAUACAGCGACGGCUGCGGCUUGGAUCACCCUUCGUCGUCUACAAGAAGCUCAGGCAUCUCAACGACAAUUUGGACGUCAUCGAAAGGGGCAAGCUCCUCCGCGCGGUGCUGCUCGAGGUCAGAGCACUGACGCACCGGCCGCUCAGGACCCACGACAAUAUCGCGCGGCUGCUCCAGCUCGUGUGGGAGCCCGAUCCCGACUUCCCCGACCAAGCAUGGCCAGUCCUUGUUAUGGAGUACGCGGAGAACGGCACCCUUGCAGACUUCCAAGUCGACUACCCGAACUUGCCAUUCUCCGUGAAAAAGAAGCUAUGCCGGGACGUCGCAUGCGGCCUUUCGGCGCUGCACAGCGCCGGGAUCGUGCACGGGGAUCUGAAGUCGGAGAACGUGCUCGUCUUCGAUACAGGCGAUGAGACCGAAGUAGUCGCAAAGCUCGCCGACUUCGGCUGUGCGGUAAUGGACCUGGAGCCAUCGGAUACCGCAGCCAUACCUGCUUUCACGCCACCCUGGGACGCACCGGAGAGCUAUGAUCGCCUCCCUAGGGAUUCCCUCAAGUUCACCGAUGUGUACAGUUACGGACUUCUCGUUUGGAGAGUUACCCUGGACGGCGCCAACCCUUUCAGACAUGUUAACACGCUUGCCUUACUCGACAAGGCCGAAUUCCAUCGACAGGUACGAACACUCAAGGUGGAAGACCGCGUCCUUCUACUGGCAAAGUCAACUCUCAAGGAUCCCUUCUGCAGCACCGAGGAAUCUUAUAUCAUUACUGAUGUGCUAAACUGUACUCUGCAACUCGAUGCUUCGAAGCGCGACUUGAACCGCUCUCUAGAGUUAUUGCAUGGAGUGUCCUGGCUAAAGCCCAGUUCAAUCGAGCCGCUGAUGCCAUAUGAAUAUCAUAAUGUCGACAUAUCAGUUCUCGCGGAUGCGGUGGCCCCGAUGUGCGUUCAGCUUUCCGUCAUCCGAGAACUAGAGACGCUUUCGACCAAGCACGGUGCGAUCGGUCAGCUCGCUCGCUUGAACUUGUUCGAGCUGUUUGUUGAACGCUUGGAAUGGCCUGGUGCGAAAUGUAGCGCGGCGAAGUGGUACCGGCGAGCGAUUGAAGAAGACCCGACCGCGGCGGCCGCCCGAUAUGCUUUAGGAUUCUUCGAAUUGCUACAGCACUCUUAUCCUCGCGGGAUGGACCUAUUAUCGCUAUACGCGGCGUUCGCCCGAAAGGGCUGCUAUCAUUCGUUGAUGGAGCUUCGGCAACGUUUCCCGUCGAGAUUUCUUGCCUUAAGGAAGGACUAUCGUCGACAUGGCGGGCUCCUACGUCGUGAAGAAAAGCACGAUAUCUUUCAUAUGCAUCGUUACGAUGCUUUCGAAGGAUAUUUCAGCCAUGUGCUAGCCGAGGAGGACAACGAGGGCUUCAAGUUGGGCGAAAUGCUGGUAUCGAAGAACAAUGACGGCCUGCUACAUGCCGCUGCGCGCUACGGAUGUGCCAGCGCGAUCGAUCAUCUACUCUCCCUGGGUGUCGACGUCAAUAUCACCAACCGAGCCGGUGAAACAGCCCUAUUCCAAGCUUGCAGAGCGGGAAGUUUAGAAGCAGUCGAACACCUCCUGGACAAUGGCGCAAACCCGGCGAUAGCAGCAGCUAACGGAGAAACACCGUUGCAUUGGGUCUUUGCGUUUGAUGACGGGGACGUCGAGCGUGCUACACAUCUGCUUCUUUUGAACGGUGGCGAAGCGUGUCUCCACGCUACUAUAGCAGCAGGAGAUUCUUCUGCAGUGGAAUACCUGCCACUCUAUGGCACGCCACUGCACUUUGCAAUACUGGCUCGGAACGAGACAGCCGCGAGAUCCCUUCUCUCCGCGGGAGCUGAUCCAUUUAUUAGGUGCGACCACGAGCUUGUGGGGGGCGCCUCUCAUUGCACUCCAUUUAAACUUGCCAUCAGGGAAUUACUGCCCAGCAUCAUCAAGAUAAUGAUAGUCUCGCCUACCUCCGGCCCUAGACUCGGAGGUUACUUGGCGUCCAUGAAGGAGAGUAUUCUCCAUUUCGCCAUAAAAUCGUCAAGCAAGGCAAUACGCCGUGUUGCCCUGGGGGCGAAAUACGUCAGUGUCCUGAUUGAGACGAUCGACCUCCUUCAAACUAUCGAGGGGAAGGAAAGGCCCCUGGAGUUUGGCAUGUCCCUGCUUCAUGCUAGCAUCGUCUACGGCCUACCGGUCGAGGUUAUUGAACAUUUAUUAGAGACCGGCUGUAGGGAAGAUCUGGAAUUGGUUUCCAGACCCCACAGACACACGCCUUUGCAGGUCGCUAUGCAUCUCAACCGAGAAAAAACCUUCUUACUCCUGCUGAAGUACGGGGCGGACACCCAUAGAAAGCUUCAGUUCCCAGAGGGUGUCUCGUACCUGCACUUCUGUGCUCACCUGGGGCCAAGAGGUGUCUUCUACGCGAAGGAGCUGAUUGCUCGCGGACCGAUCCAUCACGAAGGGGGGGAGGGUCCAGGGUCCCUCAGCCAGUUUCCCCCUCCUUUUUUUGCUCUUGUAAUGGGCAAUUUUGAUCUGGCGACAUUUCUCGCUAGAGGAAGUGGUUCCACGAACGUUGUGCAGCUAAAUAUCGACGUCUUCUGGCUCUUGUAUCGCUUCUUUCCCCGCCUACCCGUCUCCCGUCUCCGCUACCUAUUGGAACCACCGGCAGGGCUCGAGCCUAGGAAAUUAAUUGGACAACCAACCCUUGGAAGAACUUGUUUUCACAGCAUUGUCAAUCAUCAUUUCCGGGGAGAGCUCGAACUGAUAACCGGCUUCCGGUACCUCCUGAAGCAGAGUGAGCUCCGGGGCCAACGAGGGCUCCUAAAUCAGCCGGACGCAAUGGGUAUGCCACCCUUGGUUACCGCCAUUACAUUUGGGCGUCUCGAUAUUGUUGGGGAGAUGCUCGCCGCCGGGGCCGACCCAAACCUCGGGGCCAUGACAAGCGUCAACUGGGCGUACCUCUUUCUCAAACGUCUUCAGAAGUCCCCGUCUCAGUAUUAUGUCCCUAGUGGCGGGCUUCCUCUCUCUCGCAGGGAGGCAAGAUGGCUGCAGGACGACUUUAAGUCCAUGAUCUUGCUCCUCAAGCAAUACGGCGGACAAGAGAUGAGAAUGUCAAACGGCAUGAUCGAUUUUCCCUACUGGUCAUACUUCUCAAGAUAUCCGAAGCUUGUCCUGUGUGCCUCUAGAGAUGAGUACAGGAGGGGAAGGGAGUAUGGGAAGCAGCUGAUUGCGCAGCAUGGGGUAUGGAAGGGUUUACAGGAGAUGUGGAAACACGCGGCAGCCGAGAGGAUCCGUACUUCGAAAAAGAACACCCUAGGGCCUCUAGAUUUGUUGGCAUCGUCCGUACGGAGCUCGUGGGUCAGAUACCAGGAAGAUCUCGCUAAGCGGGAGAGGUUUUCUACCGGCGAUGAUGUGGCCGCGGGGGCCUCUGAAACUCAUACCCCGGGAGCUCGAACCGGCGGCAUCGCGAGUGGAGUGGGGUCACUGGCAAACUUCGCACUUUGGUAUUUUUCGUCACCAGCAACAGAGAUAGAGGAAAUCGAGCCCGGACCUCAGGCCUCGCAUCUGCAAGGCCAGUACCAAGGAAAACCCCAGCAGUCAAUCCAAUAUUCCCCCAUCUCCGCGGACCCGGGACAAAACAGAGACCCUCACCGGGUGCCAACCCCACCACUUGCAGGCCGAUUUGCUCCCGGUGUUAUAUCCCCCUUAUACCCAGCACCACAGCCUUUUCCGCGCCCGCAUCGCGUUCCGAUACAGCCUUCCGCCCCGGUACAGCAUCCUCCACCACAUAGCCACACCCACACGAGCGCCCAAACACCAGAAUCCCAUAUCCACAUCCUCGCUCAACAACUCUCUUCUAUCCUCUCCUCACCCGCCUUAAAUCCUGGCGAGCUGCAUGCUCGCAUCCAACAGUGCCUGGACGCACACUUCACCCAGGCAGGAGGUGGCGCUCUUUCCCAAAGCGCGAAUACGGACCCCGGCGCGCCUCUCGGCAGUCUCUCGGUUUAUGAGCUAGAGAAUGGUCUCAAUCGCAUCUUACAGGGCCGCCUAAACGUCACUGUAGCGAAGCGAGAUGGGGCGAUAAAGGCAAUCCUUUACUAUCCUGGAGAAACGUCGUCCGGCAUACCAGACCAAGUGAAGGCCUUCUUGAGCGACGGGUGGAUGGGCUGGAGGGAGUUGGAAGAAAAGGAGGCAGAGAUUCUAUCGUGUGCUUUCGAACGUAGUAUGGGCUUAUAA